CAGAGUCGAGCUCAGAAAAAGACUGGAGAAGAAGAAGAAGCAGCGAAGUGUCAGAGCUGGGACAAAAACAGUCGUCCUCCGCCUUCCCGGGCAGCAUGAAACAUACUCUGCUGACUGGAAACAAGUUUUAAAUGUGACUAUUGAAGACGGACUAAAUCCAUAGAGCUAAAACAGCGGGGCUCGUCUCGGCGCUCAAGUGCAUCUCCCUCGUUUUCCUCUUCUGCUGCUGAAGUGAGCUAGCUUAGCCUGUUAGCUUGGCGGGGCACCCCUCAUCUUGUCCGUGUGUGCAGGACUUUACCACCAGGAGCGAAGAGAUUCACCCGGAGCUGCACCAGAACUGACCUGGACUUUACUUAACAAACGCAGCUGCACGCGUCUGCGCCAUCCUCGGCUUUUGCAGGCAAAGAUCGACCCAAAAAAGCAACAAAAAUCACUCCGCUAAACAAGGAAGUCUGAAUGAACUUUGCUAGCAUCCUGCUAACCCCGUAGCUGCAUUGAUUCAUAGUGCUGCUCAUAGGGGGAGGGGGUUGUGCAGCCUCCUUGCGGGUCCUCCGGUGCUGAUAGCGAUUAUCUGUGAGAGCAUCUGUCCGUGUAAUAGACGGAAUCCGUCCGGUAGUGAAGUGUGGUCCGACACAAAACGUUUCAGAGAUGAUUCCAGACAAACCCCCGAAGGAAGACGUCUUCCACGGGUCUGAGGACCUGAAGAAGCAGGCUCACAUCCCCAGCUUUGAGAAAUACAAAGAGCUCUACGAGAAAUCUAUAGAGAAUCCAGAUGAUUUCUGGGGAGACAUCGCCAAAGAUUUCUUCUGGAAGACCAAACACACGGGUCAGUUCCUCGACUACAACUUUGAUGUGACCAAAGGAGAAAUCUUCGUCAAGUGCAUGGAAGGUGCCUCCACCAACAUCAGCUACAACCUCCUCGACCGCAACGUCCAUGAGAAGAAACUCGGCGAUAAAGUGGCCUUCUACUGGGAAGGCAAUGAACCUGGUGACGAGCUGACGGUGACCUACAGAGAGCUGCUGCAGAGGGUCUGUCAAUUUGCCAACGUGCUGAAGUCUCAGGGCGUGAAGAAGGGCGACCGUGUGUCCAUUUACAUGCCCAUGGUGGUCGAACUGGUGGUAGCCAUGUUGGCCUGCGUCCGAAUCGGAGCUGUUCACUCCAUAGUGUUUGCAGGUUUUUCUUCUGAGUCUCUGUGUGAGAGGAUCAUGGACUCCCAGUGUUCACUGAUCGUCACAGCCGACGGUUUCUAUCGAGGAGAUAAGCUGAUCAACCUGAAGCUCUUAGCUGACGAAGCACUGCAGAAAUGCAGGGACAAGGGUUUCCCGGUCGAGAAGUGUAUAAUGCUGAAGCAUUUGUCCAAAGGAGCAGAAGAGACUUCUCUGGGCUCUCAGUCUCCUCCAGCCAAACGACCAUGUCCCGAUCUGCAGCAGGAGAAACAGACAGGGAGAGUAAAGAAAACACGCCCUGUUCCGCAGGUCCCGUGGAACCCCAAGGUGGACUUGUGUUGGCACAGUCUGGUGCGGGAAGCUUCAGACGAGUGUGAGCCAGAGUGGUGCGAGUCUGAGGAUCCGAUCUUCAUCCUCUACACGAGCGGCUCGACCGGCAAACCGAAGGGAGUCCUUCACACGGUCAGCGGCUACAUGCUCUACACCGCCACCACCUUCAAACUGGUGUUUGACCACCAGCCCGAUGACAUCUACUGGUGCACGGCAGACAUCGGCUGGAUCACCGGACACUCCUACAUCACUUAUGGCCCCCUGGCUAACGGGGCCACCAGUGUUCUGUUUGAGGGCCUGCCUACCUACCCAGACGUGAGCCGCAUGUGGGAGAUUGUGGACAAAUAUCAUGUGACCAAGUUCUACACGGCUCCGACCGCCAUCCGACUGCUGAUGAAGUACGGCAGCGAGCCGGUGCAGAAGUACAAGCGAGAGUCUCUGAAGGUUUUGGGGACGGUGGGGGAGCCCAUCAACCCCGAGGCCUGGCAGUGGUACUACACCGUGGUGGGAGAGAGGAGGUGUCCCAUUGUCGACACCUUCUGGCAGACAGAGACUGGUGGACAUGUGUUAACUCCUCUACCUGCAGCCACGCCCAUGAAACCUGGAUCUGCUACGUUCCCGUUCUUUGGAGUGGUGCCGGCCAUCCUCAACGAGUCCGGAGAGGAGCUGGAGGGGCCGAGUGAAGGAUACCUGGUGUUUAAACAGCCGUGGCCCGGUGUGAUGAGAACCGUGUACGGAAACCACCAGAGGUUCGAGACCACCUACUUCAAGAAGUUUCCUGGAUACUACGUCACAGGAGACGGUUGCCGCAGAGACAAGGACGGCUACUACUGGAUCACAGGGAGGAUAGACGACAUGCUGAAUGUCUCGGGUCACUUGCUGAGUACAGCGGAGGUGGAGUCGGCUCUGGCUGAGCAUGAGGCUGUCGCCGAGGCUGCUGUGGUGGGAAGACCACAUCCCGUCAAAGGAGAAAGCCUCUACUGCUUCGUAACUCUCACCGACGGAGUGACGUACAACCGCACGCUGGAGGCCGAGCUCAAAAAACAAGUAAGGGAGAAGAUCGGGGCCAUCGCUACACCGGACUUCAUCCAGAACGCUCCAGGACUCCCCAAAACCCGAUCUGGUAAGAUCAUGCGACGGGUGCUCCGCAAAAUCGCCUGUAACGAACGGGACCUGGGCGACAUCUCCACGCUGGCCGACUCCUCGGUCGUGGAGCAGCUCUUCCACAACAGAUGCUGCACAAGUGUGUGACGGCCUCCAGGAUCCCCGCAGGGAGGCUCCGGCCGCAGCCGCACACCGGCGGCCACAAACCCGACCAGGGAAGAUGAAAAAGAAGAAGAAGAAGAAGAGGAGGAGAAAUUCCACAAACUUGGUCUUGUCCAGCAAACAACCUCUAGCCUCCCGAUGAGGAUCUGAAUCCUGUAUUUAAAGUGACGUCACUGCUUUUAUACUGAAAGAAUCAUCUGCAGCAGGAAGUGACUCAACAAUCUGUCUGGUUAGUUUUACAUCUCUGGGUCAAUAAGGACAUCAGUCUGCAGGAAUAAACGUUUUCCAGAAGUCGACAUAGUUGCUGCUGUUAAUAAAACAAUGCCAUUGUGUGUGUGUGUGUGUGUGUGUGUGUGUGUGUGUGUGUGUGUGUGUGUGUGUGUGUGUGUGUGUUAGUGUGUGUGUGUGUGUGUGUGUGUGUGUGUGAGAGUUGGAAGCUAGAGGUUUGUUUUUGGAUAAGACCGUCCUGCUGUGGAAGAGGUGGAACUGGGUAACACUUCAUCUGGUUUUUAUCCUAGUGUUUUAGCCAAUUAUACACAGCAAUAUCCAACAUGUAAGUGCUCAGUAAAAGUCUAGAUGCAGUACCUGUACAGUUCAGUGGUUUCCCUGUGGUUAAAGGACGGGUUUCUACACUGGAAUAAGGCUCAUGUGAAGUGCUACCUGUAGUUAAUAAAACGUCACCUCCCCUCGCUCGAUGCCAUAGUACUGUUAUGUACACUGAUGAUUAGCUAAAUUUGAGAAUGCUCAACAUUUCUACUAGUUUUAAUUUCGAUUGUAAUUUUUUUAAAAGGUAUGUAGAUUUGAUUUGUUUUUGUUUUUUUUUUCGCUUUUGUUUUCGACUGAUUUUUGACGUAGGUUUUGUUGAGUAUUUCUGUUUGUGUGGCUGCGCGCUUGUAUGUUCCUUUCCUUUUUUUCUUUUUUUAGUUGCAGGCUCUUCUUGUUUCUUGUCAGCCUGGUGAAAACAGGGAAAGUGUGUUCAGCUUCAUGUGGCCCGGACACCAAGCGCUCAGCUCCAGACGCAAAAGCUCCAAACCAACUGCAGGUCUGAUGUUAAAAAAGGAAAAUAAUGUGAUUGUGUAUUUCCCAAUAGCUCAGAAAAAGCUGUUUCUCAGCCAGAAUAAACACUGAAAGGGAAGUCUGUAUCAUGAUAUGAGCACUAUCGUGAAAAUAAUAAAUGUUGAGUCCUUUUAAAUCAAAGAUAAAGCUCAGUAAAGAAUAAGACAUCGUUGGUAAAGCUCCUCUUCACUGAAGAAUUUCGAUUCAUCUUUAAGGAUAAAACUGGUGUUAUCAUCAUUUUAUUAUCGUCUCUCAAAAUAUUUUAUGUAAAAACACAACCAACAAUCUUUCAGUUCAUCUCCUUACUCCAACCAGCUGCUCACUGUAGUUUUCAAACAAACAGCAGGAAAUUGUGACUUUGUUGGGGACUAUUUUCAUUGAUUUUUAGUUUAAUAAAUGCAGUUGUGUAAUGUGAAGAGCUGAAAUGAUUAUAAUCAAUCAACUCAAUAACUGAUUAAAAGUUUCAGUCAUUUUUCACUUCUUUGGUCUUUUGGUUGAACAAAACAAGAAAUUUGAAGAUGUCACAUUAAGCUCAGGGAAAUUUUUUGGAUCAAUUUAUCAAUAAUAACCUGUUGAUUAAUUGAUGAUGACAAUAAUACUUAGUUGCAGCCCUAAAAAUGUCUUCUGUGGGUCUGGCAGAGCUUCGAUUUUACUCGGGUGUCUUGGCUCAGGAUUGGUGUCAACAAAUUUAUAUCAGAAAAAAUGCUUUGUGCAUUUACUCAAGUACAGUUUUUUCAGAGUACUAGUACUUUAGUAGAGUAUUUCUGUGUUAAGCUAAUCUCUACAAGUCUGAGACAACUUUUCCCAUCAGACUUUUGGACCCCCUUGUGAUUAUUUUUCAGAUUAAAAUUUUACUUGCAAAACACGUGACUAGUGUUUCAAAUACGUCACACCUUAUUAUAGAUUAAAGCACCAAACUGUAUAUGAAAUAAUUCAAAUUAGCUGGACCAUCUUCACAAUCGAGUGCUGCCCGUGAUCCAGAGAAAUAAUAUCACAAUAAUGAGAAUGAGUACUUCUACUUUUGAUACUUUUCUGCUUGUAGUACUCUUGUGCAUUCACUUAAGUAAAAUUUUGAGUGAAAUAGUAUUUUUCAUAGUCUGGUUUUGUCACUUUGUACGUAAGUAAAUGAUGUAAAUUCUUCCUCCACCACAUUGAGUUUGAAAGACGUAAAGACGUAGGUAUUUACCAGGCAGCGUCUGAUGAAAGACUCGACUUGUUGCAUCAUGGGAAGUGUAGGAUCAGGCACUUUUGACCCAUUUUAAAAACUAACUCUCAGGAUAUCUUGGCCUCUGCUACAUCAAUUUUGACCUCUGAUCGUUUUCAGUUUGUCUCUCGCAAGUGCGACAGCUGUACAGAAGAAUACUAAAUGACUGGACAACACUUUUAAUCCACAUCUGAUAUUGUAGAAUAUCACCAGACUUAUCCUUAAAUAGAGCAAAUGUCUUGUUUUGCUCUUAUAUUCCAACUCUUUGAAUAUUAAUGAUGAUUUUUCAAACAAAAAUCUGUAUCUCUGACUUCAAGAUUCUGCCUGUGAUGAGAGGCUGAACCAACGCGCUGUUCACAACAUGAAAAUUCAGUGGGAGCCGGCUAAACAUCUGGACUCUGAGCUGAUUUGGGGCUUGAAAGGUUUCUAGUCUUAGUUUCCUUUGUUUAACAUCUGUGAUUGUGAUUUGAGCAAAGCAGGACUUCAUUUAGACUCAUCAUUAUGUUAUUUUAUUUUUUUAUCUUUUUUGCUGUUUGUGUCUCAUUGUGCCAACCUAAGUAACAGUGGAGCUGGAUGUAUAAAGCUAAUAAUUGUAUCUAAUGUUAAAAGAAAGUGCAUCUGCUUAUUUGAUUCAGAAGCGUCUGUAUAAUAACUCGGGUAAAGGAAAGAGAAUUUUGCUGUUUGUUUUUUUUUUUUUUUUUUUUCCUCUGUUCAUGCUCAGUUUUGUGUUUUCAUUUCCCUGUUUGUAUCAAAGUGUAUGCAAUGACAGUAAAUGGACAUGACUACUGCCUCUCA